CACUUUCAAUCCUCAUUGGCCUGGGAGUCACGUGGUGGGGCCAAUGCGUGGAUAAUUAUGGUGCUGAUAUUUUUCCCUAAAAAAAAGAUGUCAGCCUCUGGCUGUAGUAUUCCUCUUUAAAAACCCUCUCUGAAAAUGUCAUGUCCCAGCAAUGUGACUCCUAACUCGUUUUUGAUGGACUCGUUGGCCGGUAGCUGCAGAGGAGAGAAUUAUUCCUCCAACCAAGGGAUGUAUAUGCAGUCUGGGAGCGAUUUCAGCUGUGGGAUGAUGAGAAACUGUGGGAUUGUCCCGUCUCUUUCCAAAAGAGACGAGGUGAAUAAUCCCAGCCUGUCUCUCAACACCUAUCCAUCUUACCUAUCUCAACUGGACAAUUGGUGUGAACCCAAAAAUACAUACAGGAUUGAGCAACCUGUUGCAAGGCAGCUUUCUUCAUGCUCUUUCCCAACCAAUGUCAAGGAGGAAAAUGUUUGCUGCAUGUACAGUGCUGACAAAAGGGCUAAAAAUGCCACAGAGGCUGCACUUUACCCAAAUCAGAUGCCCGAGUCUCGCUCAAGUGACCAUGAAGUUCCUGUUCCCAGCUAUUAUCGAGCCAGCCAAGGUUACCCCAUGGAGAAAACCCACAACCCAGGCGAGUUUGAGACAAGUUUUGAGAACAGGACGAAUCUGAACCCAAGGAAUGAGCUAUUGGAGCAGCAGGCGGGGGGCAAGGUGGGCUUCCCCGAAAAUACAAAGACAGACAACCAGAACCUGGCAACAAACCUUAGCACUAACUCCAACAAUGCCAGUGCCAGUGACAUCAAGACAGAGAAGAGCCUUCCAGCAGCCAAAUUACCACCAUCCGAAGGGGACAAGGAGAUUGGAAAAAACACUGAUACAAGCACUGACAACUCUGACAACGAAGCCAAAGAGGAUAUAAAGGCAGAAAACGCUACAGGAAAUUGGCUGACAGCUAAGAGCGGAAGAAAGAAAAGAUGUCCUUACACUAAGCACCAGACGCUGGAACUGGAGAAGGAGUUCUUGUUUAAUAUGUAUUUGACCCGUGAGCGCCGCCUAGAGAUUAGUAAGAGUAUCAACCUAACAGACAGACAAGUGAAAAUCUGGUUUCAAAACCGCAGGAUGAAACUGAAGAAAAUGAACAGGGAGAACCGAAUUCGAGAACUGACCUCCAAUUUUAAUUUUACUUGAGCUCCCCCCAAAACAAACAACAAUACAAAGGAAAAUAUGCUCCCCAAAAAAAGCUAAGCAGAAAAAUUAGUAGAAUAAAAACAACUUCAACAUGUACGUUUUAUAGGUCAAUAAUGCAAUGCAUAUACAUACUAAAGCAACUUGGCUAGGUAGCCUUUCUGUUAUUUUCAGUAUUAACAGUUUGUAGAUAAAAUAAAAUAUGCAAAAAAGUAUCAUGCAUGAAAAUAUAUAUAUUGCACCCCUGUUUCUAUGUAAAGAUGGCCAUUGAGCCAGCUAUUGAAAUGUUAUUUCUAAGUUAUUUACGUCCAGCACAAAUCAAGAGACCUUUUUAUUAUCUUUCUGUUGGCAAAUUUUGUGUUAGAGGAAACAUAUGCGUUUAAAGUUUGCUUUCUGACAUUAAUGUAUCCUGUAUAUUGUAUCUCGAAGCAAAACGACAAAUGGAUUUAAAAUGUUUAUACAUGAACAGUUGAAGUGAAACUAUGGACAUUCUAUAUAAAUAUUAUCUUAUAUAAAUCUUAUGCAGUGUCUUUAACUGGUUUACUGCAUAUUUAAGAAAAGGAUUUAAACAAAUCAGUAUUGAUAAUCCUUAAAAAAAAACAUUUCUUGUGUCUGUUAUUUAAAUACACUAUGUAUGUGUAAUUCUGUGCAUGUAUUUUAACCCUUUGUGGAGAAAAAAUAAAUUUCAUAGAACUG